AUGGCGGCGUUGAGCAGCGCCGAGUCCCCACCGCCCGUCUUUAACGGAGACACCGUGGAGAGGGAGCCGGGCAGGGAGCGGGGCCUGGAGGAGCCGGGCCCCGGGCUGGACGCGUCCUACUCGCCAGGGAUGCCCGGAGGUCCACAGGACGAGGAGAUCUGGAACAUCAAACAGAUGAUAAAGUUGACACAAGAACACCUAGAGGCUCUACUAGACAAGUUUGGAGGAGAACAUAAUCCUCCUUCCAUAUAUCUAGAGGCCUAUGAGGAGUACACCAGUAAGCUAGAUGCCCUGCAGCAGAGGGAGCAGCAGCUGCUGGAGGCAAUGGGGAACGGCACAGACUUCUCCUGCUCGCCCACCACCACGCCAGCCCUUCUGGAGGUCAAGAUGGGGGGUUGCAGCGCCGGUGGUGGAGCCCAGGCCUUUCCUUCAGCCCCGAACACCCUAGCCGUCCUGCAGACCCCCACAGACACCAGCCGAGCUAACCCUCGCUCACCACAGAAACCAAUCGUCAGGGUCUUCCUGCCCAACAAACAGAGAACAGUGGUUCCAGCCCGCUGUGGGAUGACUGUGAGAGACUCACUGAAGAAAGCUCUGAUGAUGAGGGGCCUUAUCCCAGAGUGCUGUGCAGUGUACAGGAUACAGGAUGGGGAGAAGAAGCCCAUUGGCUGGGACACGGACAUCUCGUGGCUGACAGGAGAGGAGUUACAUGUAGAAGUGUUGGAGAAUGUUCCACUCACCACACACAACUUUGUGAGGAAGACAUUCUUUACGCUGGCCUUCUGUGACUUCUGCAGAAAGCUGCUCUUCCAGGGUUUCCGCUGUCAGACCUGCGGCUACAAGUUCCACCAGCGCUGCAGCACUGAGGUUCCUCUCAUGUGCGUUAACUACGACCAGUUAGACUUAUUGUUAGUAUCCAAGUUUUUUGAGCACCACCCGUUUACCCAAGAGGAGGUUUCCUCAGAGGGAACCACCCCAGUGUCCGAGGUCUGUCCGUCACUCCCUCCAUCUGACUCCAUGGGGUCUAUGUGCCACAGCUCUGUAUCGCCGUCCAAGUCCAUACCCAUCCCACCCAGUUUCCGACCCAAUGAGGAGGACCACCGCAACCAGUUUGGCCAGCGGGACCGUUCGUCCUCUGCCCCCAAUGUCCAUAUCAACACCAUUGAGCCUGUCAAUAUUGAUGACCUGAUUCGAGAUCAGAGCUUACCAAGGUCAGAUGGAGCCCCCCUGACCCACCCCGCCCGCUGCUUGAGGAAGCACCGAACACGGACCUCAAGCCCCCUCCUAUACUCCUACCCCAAUGACAUAGUGUUUGAUUUUGAGCCUGAGCCUGUUUACCGAGGCUCCACCGCGGGGCUGUCGGCCACGCCACCCGCCUCCUUACCCGGCUCCCUGACCAACGUCAAGGUUCCACAGAAGUCGCCAUGCCAACAGAGAGAGCGCAAGUCGUCGUCCUCAUCUGAGGACCGCAAUAAGAUGAAAACCUUGGGGAGAAGGGACUCGAGUGACGACUGGGAAAUCCCAGAAGGUCAGAUCACUCUGGGUCAGAGGAUAGGCUCCGGAUCGUUUGGAACCGUCUUCAAAGGAAAAUGGCACGGUGACGUGGCUGUGAAGAUGUUGAACGUCACUGCGCCAACACCACAGCAGCUUCAGGCCUUCAAGAAUGAAGUAGGAGUCCUCAGGAAAACGCGUCACGUGAACAUCUUGCUGUUCAUGGGCUACACCACCAAGCCUCAGCUGGCCAUAGUGACCCAGUGGUGCGAAGGCUCCAGUCUGUACCACCACCUACACAUCAUCGAGACCAAGUUUGAGAUGAUCAAGCUGAUCGACAUCGCCCGGCAGACUGCUCAGGGCAUGGACUACCUGCACGCGAAAUCAAUCAUCCACAGAGAUCUGAAGAGUAACAAUAUUUUCCUCCAUGAGGAUCUAACGGUGAAGAUCGGGGACUUUGGCCUGGCUACAGUGAAGUCACGUUGGAGCGGCUCCCACCAGUUCGAGCAACUGUCUGGCUCUAUACUGUGGAUGGCUCCAGAGGUGAUCCGGCUGCAGGACAAGAAUCCCUACAGCUUCCAGUCAGACGUCUACGCCUUCGGCGUCGUGCUGUACGAGCUCAUGUCCGGAGCACUGCCCUACUCCAACAUCAACAACAGAGACCAGAUCAUAUUCAUGGUGGGUCGAGGUUACUUAGCUCCCGACCUCAGUAAAGUACGCAGCAACUGUCCAAAGGCUAUGAAGAGGCUGAUGGCCGACUGCUUGAAGAAGAAGAGGGAGGAACGACCUCUUUUCCCACAGAUCUUGGCGUCCAUCGAGCUGCUGGCUCGCUCGUUACCCAAAAUCCACCGCAGCGCCUCGGAGCCUUCGUUUAACCGAGCCGGCUUCCAGACGGAGGACUUCAGCUUGUACGCCUGCGCUUCACCCAAGACCCCCAUCCAGGCCGGAGGCUAUGGGGAGUUUUCGGCCUUUAAGUAAGUGCUGCCGAUCCCACUCCACUCCAUUCCUUGUCACUUUUCAAAGUCUUGUGUCCAUGCGGUGGAUUCAUUCAUCACCGGGAGAAAAAAAAGAAAAAAAGAAAAAUUAGUCUCAGAGAACGGGCUGUUUCCUUCCUAUAUCAACGUGAAGAAGGAGAAACCGCAAGCUGUCCAGCAGGCACACAGCCACAGCAACAGACAAAAAAAAAAACUGAAUUAGGGGGAAAAAAAACUCAACCCAAAAAGCAACUGGAAUGAAGAAAAUGAAAUAAAAAAAAAUCCAUACCGUAAACCAUUUUCCUGCCCGCUUUGAGGGGAAACGCAAAAAGGAAAGGGGAGACGGCAAAGCAACGUCAGGAGAAGACGAGGGAGUUUGGGUUUUUCAGACGGGCCGCUCGGCUGCAUUUUAAACGGAUGGCGGCAGAAUGCGGCCUGUGGAUGGAGACGCUGCUCCUCCGUCUAACACGUUGAAAUGGAAGUUCAGGCAUCGGCCUGUUCCCAGCAGGAGCUGGAGGUCACUCAGCGGGGGGGUUAACCCCCUCCUGAAGAGCGAUGACUUGAAAGAUAAAAUCUAUUUUUAUUUUUAUUUAGUUUCUCAUGUCAACUAGCGGUUGCUAGGAAUGAGCUUUUUUUUUUUUAUUUUUAUUUUUUUUUUUUUUUAUUAAAAGUAAACUUUCCUCCAGGUCAUGCAGCACAGUCCUUUUUUUUUUUUUUGUGGGCUAAACGCUGACCAAAUUCUGCAAAAUACUGUGCUUUACCUUCUUUUUUUGCCUCCAACAAAUACGACACCAGUGAUGAAAAGGCUGCCGCUCGUAAUCUCUGCAAAGAUCUUUUGUACGCGAAGGCAGGAGAAAUAGGUCUGCAGUGGGAAAGUUUUUUUGGGAGGCUGCACUGUUUCACCUCCAACGGUAGCUGUGUGGAGACGAGAUGAGCGGUGGCGAUGUGAGAGGGAUUUCUUAUUCCCUUUUAAAGAACCCGGUCUGGUGUUGUUUUUCACGGAAGCUUUAGAAGUGUUGGAUAUUCCUACGUUUUCAAGGGACUUUGUAUUUAUGUGAAAGCAAGAGAAGCGGAUGUUUCUGUAGAUUUCCAAUUUUGAAAGUGUUGGGAGUGUGAUGUUGAGGGGGGGGGGGGGAGAGGUAUGACGAUGGAAGAUAAACAUUCAGUGGAGUUUUGUCCAUGUGACAGCGUAGUCAAAGGCUACAUCCAUACUAGCACACCUUCAGGCUUUUCAAACGAGAAUGAUCAGAGUCCCGACAUGAGUUUCAGCUCCCACAUCACAUGACCAUUCAGGUGUAAACAGGAAGUUGAAACCUGAUAACAGACAAAGUCAAGAGCAGCGAUUUCUUUGAUUUGGACUGAAAACGAGGUCACAUUUCAAAGGGUGUAUUAGCUUAAACCGAAUUUACGACCCACGACUAUGUUUUUGUAGCUGUUUAAUUGCUUUAAAGUCGAAAUAGUUUUGGUUUUCGUAGCCUUUUUGCAACGUCAUUAGCAUAGUCAAGCAAGUCGUAUCUCCCACAAAAACUUGAUGCAUGAACCAACUUUUGAAACAUGUGUUUAUAAGAAUCUCAUCAGCUGAUGUAGUUGACACUCUUUGUUAUGUUAUACUUCCCUCAAUAUGCUUGGAAAAAGGAAGGGUGAGAUGUCACUAAUUCCCUCACAGCUAAAAACCAUGAAUGUGGCUAACUGCUUCGUCAUAUCCAAAGCUUUCAAUUUCUGCCCGUCCAGACUGAAAUGCAGCACCAGGGAUUUUUUUUAUUUUUUUUUUUGUCAAUAAAAUAUGAAGCCAGAGGUGUUUUUUUCAAAUUUUAGUGCUCAAAAGAAGAAAAAAAAAAGGUAGUGUGGAUGACUGACGUAUCCGUAGCAGAGCUGAUGCCUUUUAAAUUGAAAAUUGAGUAGUGUGGAUGUAGCCUAAGUCGAGCUGCUGCUCAGGGCUUAUGCCGAGCUCAGGGGCCGAUCACACAGAGAUACAAACGACGGGAAAAAAAACACCGCGGGAAAACAAAACAAAAGAACCAGAAGUGCUUCUUUGACUGUGCAGACAAGCGUGCAGUCAAAUGUAAAAGUUGACAACUAGCUGAUACAUCAGUUUGUUGAGGAAGGGGGGGAAAGUCCAUAAAAAAAAAAGCAAGGUGUUUGGUUGUAAAGCCAGUCUCUCUGCUUGAUUUGAUUAGACUGCCUGGGUAAAGUGUGACAUUAAUGAGAGCCGAGGCUACGCUGAAAAGUUGAAGAUUCACUUCAACGCAUCACUGGACGCACGAGAAUCUGCAACGAUGAACUGAUCAUGAAUCGAUUACUAAAUGGAUUGUCAACUUUAAGUUCUGGAUUCUUUUCCUCCACAUACCAAAAGUCAUUAAAAGUGAAUCAUUUUGGUUUGCGGGCAAAACGAGACAUUUAAGAAGAUCGUUAUUUCAAGGUCUGGGCAACAGCAAUCGACAUUUCAUCGAGGCGAUUCAUCGAUUUACGAAAAGAAUCAUUAGUUGCAACCCUACACAGGAAAAUUGGUUUUGAUUAACAAUGAUUAACUCCGUGUGAUCGGCCCCUAAGGAUUGUGUACAGGAAGUUGUUGCACAGCAUCUCCCCAACUAAGCUUUUCAUUCAUUUCUCAUUGUCAUUUCUGAUACUUUCCCACCUCAAAUUUAUUUUGUGUCACCGAUGUAUGCAUGUCAUAUUCUAAUUAUUUUUUUUUUUUUUGGAUAAAUAUUGCACUCUGCUUACAAUGAGGACCUUAUAUAUGUUGCUGCAGCGUGACCUGCUGCUCACAGGACACACGGUCUUCGGAAAAGUGUUUCCGUUUGUUUCCGUCCCAUUUCGUUGGAACCUUCUCUCCACACAUGCACCUGCACUCCUUCCAUUCCAGCGUGUGUCCUUAGGCGCUCUACACAUCUCUUGGUGUUGUUCUCGUCAUCGUUUUGCCUUUUUUUUUUUUCUGUACAGGCAGGCCUGCAGAUACUUUACUUCUUAUUAUUUAUGUGAAUCUUUUCCGUUGGACGGAUUCAUUCUCCAGAACUGCUUUCUUUGAUGCUCUGUCUUUCUGAAGACGCUUGUUUUAGUCUUUGUGACUCGUGUACUUGCACUUUGUAGAGAUUGAUCGAAGCAAACGAGCGACUUGCCUUGACUUUUUUUUUUUGUUUUUUUUAUUAUUAUUAUUAUUAUUAUUAUAAUUAUUAUUAUUAUUAUUGAAGAAAUAAAUAGCGACACACAGAGCUAAGAACUCCAAAAUCCACCUAGUGAGUCACAUGCAGGGCCUGUCGUGUGAAUCCUCUGCUGGAAAUGACUGUGUUUUGAUAAAGACUUCCAGAGGUGUGAGGAGAGCUGAGAAGAUGGAUGUACGUUUUUUUGGAAUCGUCCGUCCAAAUCUGGGCGGUCUGGUUCCUCCUAUUUAUCACGGACCACGUACGUCUUUUUUGUCAUAAACAAAACAAACAAAAAAAGAAAAUCCUGACAACCUCCCACCCGUGCUACCUUUUCAUGGAACAGUCCAACACAUAUGAAAUCUAAGGAUAUCUCCUACACACCCAUCACAUCUUUCAGGGAGACCAGUUUAGUUUACCUUUGUGGGAUGGGUGAUCGUUACCAUCCUGGAUCUUUUUAGUCACUGAGCAGCUUAUGAGACGUUAAAAAAUGAAGCAUAUUGAUGAUGAUGUGCAUACCUGUGCAAGUUCUUCGCACAAGUCGCUAUCACAUGACCCCAGUUUAAAGAUAGAAAACAAAAGAAGAAGGAAAGAAGACCAAAUAUGGGUUUAGCUGGAUAUUUAGUGUUGUAAAGGAGGCUAGUCUCUGUUCAGACCUGGCAAUUAAAAUCUCACUUCUUCCCCAUCACUGUAUAUUAAUGCAUAUGGAUGCCGUUUAUUUUGAUAACAAUACUACUUUGUAUAUCGCCAUUUGUUCGUAAGAUUGCCCUACACAGGCUCUUCUCUCGUCAAAGUGCAUCCUCUCCUUUUGUUCCGCGCUACGUAACCGCCUUUCUGUUAAGGCUGAGGAGUUUCUUUUGAUACAUGGCUUCACUAAACACCGUAGCGCAAAUGAGAAGAGCUAUGACAAUGAUUUUAACUUUGAGUCACUAACUACAACUACUUCCAACUUCAUGGUCAGGAACUUCUGAAAACCGAUAUCACGGCUAGCCGUGCGGAAGUUUGGGGGUCAUGUGGUAGGCAAAAGGUUCUGAGAUAAAUCAUUAGAAUUCUCUCUUCUAACUGCUAAAUUAUAAAACAUAUAUAACAAGUCUGGCCCGAUGUACUGUAGGCUACGGACUUAAUAGUUCAUGGAUACACAUCUGAAAUCACUGGACCAGUUCCGCACAAAGGGCAGUUCAGAGUCUGGAGUGUGGCAAGAAUGUAAAGUGGAUGUGUGAAGAUUGGAAGCUACGACUCUGAAUGACAUCCUCAGAAGAAUCUAAAUUCUUUCUCUCACUUCUUUAGUCGCUCGUAUGUAUAUUUUUGAUAUUUGUCUCGGUCCUCUUCCGCAGGUGUCGAGUAGAGUCCUUCAAAGACCUGUAUUAUCAGAUUUAUCAGAGAGGCUGUUUGUUUUCGCUUUUUCACGUAGACAUCAACGCAAAGACGUCUCGCCGUAAUAACGUUCUAUAGACAUCCUGAACUUUCAGAGGGUCUGCAGUAGGAAACUGAAGCUCCCUACUCUGCUCCACCUUCUACUCUUUUUCAUUCCCCUUCUUUUCUUCUCCAACAUUCCACACUCCUCAUCCACCUUGCCUGCACCUUAAACCCAACAACUGAGAACUAUCAUGAAAAACCACACACACUUUACAGAGAUUUGUUUGUUCUGUUUUUCUUUCGUCUCACGUGUAAAUAGUUGUACAAAGGAAAUACUGUCAAGUUUGCUAGGAGGCAUGGAGACCACAUGUAACAAAAAUGAUAAAAACUGUUUAAAAUAAAGACCCAAAGAUUAAAAAGACAUUUUUUUGAUAGGCAGACUUCUGAGACAAAAGGUUGGGUGUAAAAACUAUUUAAGGCUGUAUCAUAAGAAGAAGAAGAAGAAGAAAAAAAAAAAAAAGCUUAAUGUAUUUGUUGUGAAUAUGGAAAAACUGAUAUAUUAAAGAAGUGCAUGAAAACCGAA